AUGGUUCCAUCAUAAGAAAUCUAAUCAUAUAAACUACGGUCAGCUCACCGUAUAGAAAAAGAGUGAUUCACAUAGAAACUCAAUCCACAAAUUGAGAAUAAAAAUAAUCCCAGUGUGAAUAGUACCUUGUUCAAAAUUCGAUUUGAAUACUAAACUAAGCAACUAUUCACAACAUAGUUUCUUUUUUUAAUUAACUAUUCACAACAUAGUUUUCUUUAUCAUUUCUAGAAGCGUAGAUGGGCUGCACAUCAGUACAGGCACAAGCGACUUUCUACAGGCACAGGCGACGUCUCUGGCGAUUUCCGGCGAUGGUUCGGUGACUGGCGUGAUGCCGUUUCUUCAUCUCCCCUUCCCUUGCUGAUCUCCCCUCUCGCCCUCUGUUCCCUAUUCCCCUUCUCGUUGGUUUCCCUCUGCUGUUCCUCUCUUCCUCUUCCCGUCUUGCCCCAUCCAGAUCCCUUUCUCUCGUUUUCUUUGCUGCUGAGUCUUGGGCUCCAUCAGGUUCUUUGCUGCGUCCUCCUGCCUAGGUUUCCCCUUCUUUCUCGCCUCAUCCUCUCAGUCCUCCCUCUCUGAUGCCUGCUUCUCUCUAGGUCUCAUCCCUCCUAGAUCCCGUCCCCGCCUCCUCGUUCCAGCCUGAUUCAGGGCGUCGCCGGCCCUCCGGGCCGGAUCCGGUUUCUCCUCGCCCCCCAUAUUAUCCCUCCAAUUGCUGUCCCCCUCCCUGCUUUUCUACUUCUUUGUGUAGCACCUCCUUUCCCGCAAAAAAAAGAAAAAAGAAAAAGAAUAUAAGUGUAGCACCUCCUCGCACCGGUGGCAUCUCAGUUUCAGACGACGUUCAAGUUCAAGAGACUACGAAUAUCAAUCGGGCAGCGGCGUAUAGCCCUAUUGUGCCUCGGGCGCUAUGAGGGUCAUUGCUUGGAAUUGCCGAGGUAUGGGCCGCGGACUCGGUAAUGAUUGUAUGCUUUUCUUGGCCAACUUGAUUCGUUCCAAAAGCGCAGUUCCCUCUAGAGGUGCUUCGGGAGGUCCCUGGCUUAUGUGGACUGAUGAUCUGAAUAUUACUGUUCAUAGUGCUACCUUCCACUAUAUAUUAGCUAAUGUAGUUCAUCCUGCUUCUGGGGUUCAAUUUUGUUUGAUUUGUAUUUAUGGUGACCCGUACCACAGGCAAACUAGUGCCAUUUGGAGUCAGAUUUCCGCUUUUGUGUAUGAUAAUCUGGGUAUGCCCAUGAUGUGUAUGGGUGAUCUUAAUGACAUCUUGUAUGAUACCGAUGGUUGUAAUGGUAAUGUGAAUUACUUCCGUAUGAAUGCUUUUCGCUCCCUUGUUAAAAAUUGUGGUUUUUUUGACAUAGGUUUUAGUGGUCCAGCGUACACUUGGCGAGGUAACCAACACACUUCUAAACCUAUUUACCGUCGUCUUGAUCAUUCUUUGGUUAAUGCCGAGUGGUGCAUGCAUUACCCUAAUACUAAAGUCCUCAAUUUGCCUAUUAUUCUCAAUGAUCAUGCUCCCAUUUUAGUGUCUACAAAAGGAAAUUUUGUUAAGCCUAAGCAAGCUUUCAAAUUUGAAAAUUGGUGGUUGAUGGAAAGGACUUUGCCAGUUUUGCUAAAUCUGCUUGGAACAAUUGUUCUCUAACCUCUUUUGCUGCCAAGACUUCUUCUUUGGCAGGUUCUCUCAAAGUGUGGUGCAGGAAAAAAAAAGUCUCUACAAUCAGAUCUUUUGGAGCUAGAAGGGAAGAUUAAUCAGCUACAACAACUCCCAUCACAGCAGCAGGACCAUGCAUUGGAGGCUGAUCUCACUGUCAGGUAUGAACAUACUCUCUCUAAGCUGAAUCAGUUUUAUAAACAACGCAGUAAGAAGAACUGGCCUGGGGCUGGUGAUCGCAAUACUAAAUUUUUUCACCAACCUGUUGUUAAGCGUAGAAAACGUAAUACUAUUUGCUCCAUCAAAGAUGAGACUAACAUUCUUCAUUUCAAACCUUCUGCUAUCACCAACACGUUUGUCAAUUAUUUUCGUUAUAUCUUCUCUUCUCCGAACAAUAAUACUGAUAGACCUUAUGUGUCCACCCAGUGGCCGAAUGAUCCUUCGGACCCAACCUAUGCUCUUCCUGAUAAACAUGAGGUUUUGCAAAUUCUUAAAGAUAUGAAGUUAAAUGCUUCUCCAGGGCCAGAUGGUUUUAAUGUUGAAUUUUACCUGGCUGCUUGGGAUUGGAUAGGAGAUGAGAUUACCCAGCUUGUUAUCAAUUUUUAUCUUACUGUUGUUUUGCCUCCUCACAUUAAUGAUACCAGCAUUGCUCUUAUUAAAAUAGAUCUUGCUAAAGCCUUUGAUCGUCUUGAAUGGAGUUUUAUUGUUUCUGCUCUUUCUCGGAAAGGGUUGCAUGGUCAUUUCAUAAAUUUAGUUCAUGCUUGCAUCUCCUCGCCUACGUUUUCUGUUGUCAUUAAUGGGCAGCCUUCUCAAAAAUUCAACAGUUCUAGGGGUAUUCGUCAAGGUUGUCCUAUGUCUCCUUAUUUAUUUGUUAUUGCUAUCAAUGAACUCUCCAUUGCCCUUAAUGACGCUCUUGCUGCUCAUCAAUUACAGGGUAUCUCUCUUGGACCAAAUUGCCCCUCCAUUCACUCUCUUUUAUUUGCGGAUGACUUAUUGGUUUGUGGACAGACCACUUUGCAGGAAGCUCACACCAUGGCUAAUCUUAUAAACCAAUUUUGUGCUAUUUCUGGUCAAACUCCAAACUGGUCUAAAUCUGCUAUUCUUUUCAGCUCUCAUGUUUCUCCUAAUGCUAUGCAAGACAUCAAGCAGAUUUUCCCUGUUUCUUCUUUGGAUGCAAAUUUUACUCAUCUUGGUCAUCCGUUGAUUCUUCCUGCUAAAAACAGAGUUCUUGCUUAUAAUUUUGUUCUGGACAAAUUCUUGCAAAAAUUGCCUUCUUAUAAAGCCAACUUGGUUUCUCAUGCUGCCCGUCUUGAGCUGAUUCGUUCGGUUUUCUCGGCCAUUCCUGUCUACUAUAUGGCUAAUAUCUUGUUCACUAAGAAAUUGAUUGCUAAGCUUACGGCUAUUAUAAGGAAUUUUUGGUGGACAAGUGUUCGACAAAAUGACUCUACAAAGAGUCUUUGUCUUAGAGCAUGGAAAGACAUUUGCAACUCCAAAGAUGAAGGAGGUCUAGGUGUUAGGAACUUGAAGGCCAUCAAUGAAAGUCUGAUUUUAUCUGCUGCUUGGAAGUUAGCUAAAGACCCUUCUUCUCAUUUGUAUCUCGUGCUUAAAGCUAAAUAUUUUCCUAAUGCUUCCAUUUGGACUGCCACUACUACUCCUCCUAAAUCUGCUUUCUGGGCUUCCAUUCUUAAAAUGUUACCUAAGCUUAAAACUCAUUCAUUCUAUCAAAUAACGCAAGGUAACAUUUCUAUUUGGAGCACUCCUUGGUGUAAUAAUUGGAGUUCCAUUCAUGAGCAUCUCAUUCCUCAACAUGCUGGUUUUGUUUACCCGGCCUUGGUUAAGGAUCUUUGGCUUCCAGGUCAAAGGAUUUGGAAUCAAACUCUCAUUUUCUCGAUUUUUCAGCAACCUUUGGCUUCCAUUAUUGUUCAUACUGAUAUUGUUGAUGACGAAAUUCCAGAUUUGUUGUGUUGGGAUCUUACUCCAAAUGGUAUUUGUUCCUCCAAAUCUGCUUACAAAUUGUGUUUACAAGAUAUUCAUGCUAAUCCUAGACAUGCCCCUACUGUUGUACCUUUGGAUUUGAAAAAUCUGCUUAAAAUAUUUUGGAAACAAAAGAAUAUGCUUCCUAGGGUGCAAACUUUUGCAUGGAGACUUUUAAGAAAAGCUUUGCCUACGGGUAUGCGAGCUGGUCGUUUCUCGAUUCAUAUUUCUCAAAUGUGUUGUCGAUGUGGUCAAUCGGAGGAUGAGUUUCAUCUAUUUUUCCUUUGUCAUUUUGCUCGUGCGGCCUGGUUUUCUUCUCCCUGGUUUCUCAAAGCUGAUGUUUUAACCCAAGGCCAUACUACAAUGCAUUCAGUGCUUAUUGCUUUCAUUCAAAGGAAUCACCCACAUGGCUCCAUCCCGAAUAUCCUAAAUUUUCUGUGGAGUCUUUGGAAAGCAAGAAAUUAUUUUCUUCUUGAUAGAAACAAAGCUCUUCCUUAUCAAGUUAGCAUUGCGGCUGGUGCUUUAAAUUUGGAGCCUCAUGAUGUUCUUUCUGGUCUUUCUAUCAAGAAUCAACAGGUUCAACACAUUCCUGCUAGCAAUCAGCUCCCCUUGCCAGGUAAUUCUCUCAGGUCUGAUCUUUUAGUUGUUGGGCCAAAAAUUUACUCUGAUGCAGCUUUCAGAACAAAAAAAGUUCCUGGCCUUCCUCCAGGUGAUGUGGCUAUAGGUGUUGGUAUCUAUAUUUCUCUUCCCUCGGAGCAGGGAGAAAUUAAUAUUCAAAUUCAGGCCUCCGCUUCCUCUACAUCCACUCCUUUGCAGGCUGAAUCUAUUGCUCUUGCUUCUGCUACUAAUAUAGCCUCUCGGCUCAAUAUUAUGGAUGCUACUUUUCUAACUGACUGUCUUACUCUUGCUAAAUGUGCUGCUUUGGCCAACACCUUAGAUCCCUCUAUUCCUUGGAAUAUCAGAAAGGAUCUUGCCAUUUUUUUUUCAAACAUUCUGCAGCUCUUAAUCCUAAAGUGUUUCAUAUUGCUAGAGAAGUUAAUGGAGUUGCCCAUAACCUUGCUCACCAGGUUUUCACAGCGAAUAUCAGAUUUGUUGCUUUGCUCGUAAUCACUCUUCUAAUUCCUGCAAUGUUGUAUCCCUUCUUUCUAAUUUCCAAAUUCCUGGUAUUAAGAUUCACACAGUGCAUUGUUACUAGCUCUUUGCUUCUUGGUUCUCCUCUGUUCAAGAUACUCUGCUUCAUUUGUUCUUGUAGUAUUUCAGUUGCAGGGAUGGACUUCUUCAGGCGCAAGGAGACUUGUUGGUGAAUCUGCAGACUAAGCCAAUGAUUUUGGAGCUCGGCUGGACUACUAUCUCUAUGUUCGAAGUUCUCUUUCUUCUUCAGAACUUGAUGCAAGCUAUUGGAGCCCAAUUUCACUCUGAAGCUGUUGGUCCAGUUGCUCUUGCUGUUGUUUCCAUGGUGUAUCUUUGCACUUUGAGUAGCAGAAGGGCAGUUCAUGCCAUCUUCUUCUUUAGGCUGCCUUCUUAUGUUUAGUCAUGUGGUUCAUCAGAAGGGAUUCUGCUCCCUUCCUGUCUUCUCCGACUUCUAUUCAGCUCUUCUUUCUCA